UAUACGGCCUUUGUACCCUUCACUCAGAGGGGAUAGCCUAAGUAUAGACCCGGUGAGACUCCGGCCGAGUUCAGUGUGAAAUCAUCAUCCUCUAGAAUCACUUUCUUCGCGCCGGACGUGUAUUUCCGCGUGGAAGUUCCGUCGCAUGCCACGGUUUUAACUAACAAGAAAUAAAGAGCUCGUCGUGUGAUUCAAAGAUUGUUUUCGCUUUCUCGGAUCUAGGAACUUUGCAGAAGAAAAAUAAUCUGAGACAAAACAAUCUGAGAGAGAAAGAGUAUCACAAUCACGAUGGCAUACAGCUGGGAUAAUCGUGUUAACUUCAUAGUGAAAUUUUUGUAUGAUAUUGAUAACAACGGAUAUUUGGACAAGCACGAUUUCGAGUGUAUGGCACUGAAAAUGACGCUGAUUGAAGGCAAGGGCGAAUUCAAUUACAAUCGAUACCAAGAAAAUCUUCAUAUUAUGCUCUCCUUGUGGGAGGAAAUAGCCGAUUUGGCAGAUUUUGAUAAGGAUGGCGUAGUAACGAUAGAAGAAUUUAAGAGGGCCGUGCAAAAUAGCUGUGUUGGGCGUUCUUAUAAUGAUUUUCCUCAAGCUAUGAAGAUGUUUAUCGAUAGCCAUUUCAAGAUAUUGGACAUGAAUGAGGAUGGCGUAAUUAAUGCCGAAGAAUUUCGAUACGAUUGUGUUUCAAGAAUUGCCGUAGAUAAUGUAGAUAUCCUUGAUAAAGCAUAUCAAAGUCUUUUAAACGUAAGUUACAUCAUUUACUUCAUAAUAAGAAUUAUGGUGAAAUAA